CCUAUGCGUCUCGCAGAUCUAGGACUUUUGAAUGAGUUAUCCUGGUGUUAUUUGCAUUAGUUGUUCAAGGUUUGAGUGGUACCUUCAUUCCUGACCGCUGCGUAAAGUGAAACCGCGACGGGCGACGUUCUCUAGGUGAAACGUGCGCAAUAAUGGCCUUCUCUAUAGUUCAUAGCAUCCUAACUAGAGAAGGCGAUGGUGCAAUGGACGGCAUUCUGGCAGCGACUAGUGCAGUGAAUGAUGUGAAACCAAGUGUUGAAGGCUUGGUUGAAGAAAAUGAUUAUGCGAAUGAAGUUGCGGUAGACGUGAUUCCUACUGUUGAUCACGGACAUUAUGCGAACGAUGUUACGACGGACGUGAAGCCGAACAUUGACCAUGGGCAUUAUGCGAAUGAAUAUGCGUCGGACGUGAAGCCGAGUGUUGAUCACGAACAUUAUGCGAAGGAAGUUACGGUGGACUUGAAGCCGUUAGUUGAUCACGGACAUUAUUCGAAUGAAGUUAUCGCAUUGGUGUACAACAAGCCGAGUGUUGAUCAUGGGCUCUAUGGGAAUGAAGUUACGGAGGACGUGGAUCCGUGUGUUGAUCACGGACACUAUGCCAAUGAAGUUACAGUGGACUUGAAGCCGAUCGUUGAUCACAGGCAUAAUGCGAAUGAAGUUUUGGCAUUAGUAGACGAGAAGCCGAGUGUUGAUGAUGGACAUGAUGCGAAUACAGUUACUCUCUGUGAAGGUUCCGUUUCUGCGAAAUCCCGUGGCCAGUACCAAAUGCUUGUGUGUGUAGAAGAUGGACUGCAUUCCUGCCGGCAGUGUGCCUAUACGACCACGGAUAAAGGACACAUGAAUGUGCACCUUCGCCGGCACACAGGGGAGCGUCCCUUCCAGUGUCACCUUUGCCCGGCUACUUUUGUGGUGAAAGUCCGCCUCACAGAGCACAUUCGCACCCAUACCGGGGAGCGUCCUUUCUCCUGCACCCAGUGCAAUGUGUCCUUUUCAGUGAAACAGAGCAUGAAGAAACACUUGCGCACCCACACAGGAGAGCGUCCUUUUUCCUGUCUCUUCUGCAAUGCAUCAUUUUCACGAAAGCAUGACCUCAGGGGACACGUACGCACCCACACUGGAGAGCGCCCAUUUUCCUGUGACCAAUGUGACGCAGCCUUUGGGCUGAGCCACACCCUCAAGAAGCACAUGCGCACCCACACCGGUGAACGUCCCUUUUCCUGUGACCACUGUGAUGCCUCUUUUUCCCAGAAAAGCCACCUCAAGAAACACAUGCGCAUCCACACGGGAGAGCGCCCUUUCUCUUGUGUUCACUGUGAUGCAUCCUUUAGACGGAAAAUCAACCUCACAGACCACAUACAUGCCCACACAGGAGAGCGUCCAUAUUCUUGUACCCAUUGCAAUGCAUCUUUUUCAAAGAAAAGUGCCCUCAGUCGCCACAUCUCCGGACUUCAUCCCAGUGAAGCCCAGAAGGGCAGGGGUGCCAGUGUUUCUAAUGUGGAGGUUACACAACUGAUUCGUUCUGCUAAAAGGUGAUCUUUUAUGAAAACCUUUACUGAAUUUUGUCGCAACUUUGGGACAUACCGGAAAACUUUGACCAAGCAAGUCACGAAAAGUGUGCCGCCUUUAACACGGUUGUGAAGUAGUCACAAAGAAGGUAGCUUUUAGCAGGAAAAAUCUAGCAAAGCCUUGUGCAAAGAAUUUAAUGCUUAAACCAGGUGUUAUGUAGCUGAUAGUGGAAAGCACGAUGCAUGCGCAACAUCUCUCACUUCAUUUUUGAUCCCCUGAGUGACGCAAGUUCAGUCUUGUUAUUUUGUGUGUGUAUGCAUUCAAGCGGUAGCAGAUGACCAUUAUGAAGUUCUGAAUGCAGAAAGUUCCGAGCACCAUAACUGCUAGGACACCAUGGGGGGGGGGUCAAGGUCCUUUUAGUGUUGAAAAGUACAGAGUUUGAUCAAAAAGGUAAUUGUACACGUGAUUAGAUCACCUUCUUUUGCAGAUUUUUUCCUGUAAACUAUUGAUUGCUACUUUAAUCAAAGAAAUAAAAUUAGAAAGUUUGGAUUUGUCUGUGCAUAACUAAUUAAGUAGAAUAAGCAUGAAACACAUGAAUAAAAAUACCAAGAAUGAAAUAAGACAUGUAUCAGAUAUAACUGUUCUUGAUUUUGUUUUGUUGUGCUUUUAGUUUUGUAGUGGUGAGUUGAUGUUUCCUGAGUGAUGUUUGGAUGUCUAAAUUCAUAGUCUACAAAAAAAAAAAAAAGUAAUCAUGCUGAUGUAACACUGGCAUAGCCAAUGGGUCAGAGGUGGGCAUUUAUAUUUGUCAAAGUUUCUAAAUAGUGGAUGUGUAUAUGUAGGGUCUAUCACAAAAAAGAUGCGCACUUUCUGAGAAAAAAAUUUAUUUAUUUAUUUCUCCUGUACCAAUGGUUGAAAUUCUUCCAUCAGAAAAACUAAGUGCACCAAAUAAAGGCCUGAAAGAAAAUGA